CCCUUCAAGGCUUCAAGCCCGUUGUUGUUAAAAGGUCAGAGUUGGGAAUCUACACUGGCUUAAGAAAACAUGCAGCUUCAAAUAUCCACAUGCAGUGCUCGAGCGCUGACGUCAGCGUCUGCUGCCAGAAAACGGACGGCAUGCGUACGAAGUCUUCCAGCCCUUGUGCGCCGUUAUGCAAGUCCAGCAAAUGACACCGCCCCAAACCGAUACAGUGCGAGGAUUACACAACCAAAAUCACAGGGUGCUUCGCAGGCUAUGUUGCACGCUACAGGACUGACGCCCGAAGACCUCAACUUGCCCCAAGUUGGAAUUUCUAGCGUAUGGUAUGAAGGGAACCCGUGCAACAUGCACCUUCUUGAUCUCGCCGGUAAAGUUAAGGAAGGUGUCAAAAAGGCGGGGCUGGUCGGAUAUCGGUUCAACACAAUCGGCGUCAGUGACGGUAUUAGCAUGGGUACGGAGGGAAUGAGUUAUUCUCUUCAAUCAAGAGAGAUAAUUGCAGACUCCAUCGAAACGGUGAUGGCUGCGCAGUGGUACGAUGGCAAUAUAUCCAUCCCUGGGUGCGACAAAAACAUGCCGGGAUGUCUCAUUGCAUUGGCUCGCUUAAACCGUCCAUCCCUUAUUGUCUACGGCGGUUCGAUAAAAGCUGGGAAAUCAUGCGGUGGCGAACCCUUGGAUAUCGUAUCCGCGUUCCAGGUCUAUGGAGAGUAUAUUGCCGGCCGUGUGACAGAGGAGGAACGAAUUGAUGUCGUAAGACAUUCUUGCCCGGGUGCAGGCGCCUGCGGGGGCAUGUACACAGCUAAUUCCAUGUCUAGCGCAAUCGAGGCAAUGGGUAUGAGUUUACCGUACAGUUCAUCCACACCUGCGGAACACCCUCAGAAAAUGGAGGAAUGCGUCAGAGCGGGCGAGGCAAUCAAAUACCUGCUUGAGAACAACAUCACUCCGAAGGACAUCAUGACUCGAGAAGCGUUCGAAAACGCAAUGGUGCUCACAAUGGCGCUUGGGGGCUCGACAAAUGUUGUCUUGCAUUUCAUUGCUAUCGCCCGUGCGCUCGGCGUGACCCUCACCAUCGAUGACUUCCAGGCUGUUAGCGACCGUGUUCCUUUGAUUGCUGACUUGAAACCUAGUGGAAAGUAUGUAUUCGCGGACCUUCACGAAAUCGGUGGCAUUCCCGCAGUGAUGAAGUACCUUCUUGAAGAGGGAUUAUUGAACGGUGACUGUCUUACGGUGACCGGAAAGACGUUAGCAGAGAACUUGAAGGACCUUCCCGGGCUUAAACCUGGCCAAGAAAUCAUCCGCCCUCUGUCCAAACCUAUCAAAUCAACUGGUCACAUCCAGAUUUUGAAGGGUAACUUAGCUCCGGAAGGUUCGGUAGCGAAGAUCACUGGUAAAGAAGGGAUAGCCUUUGAGGGGCCUGCCAAGGUCUUUGACUGCGAGGAGGAUAUGCUUGCUGCCUUAGAGAACAAGAAAAUUGGAAAGGGGGACGUCGUCGUCAUCCGAUAUGAGGGCCCUAAAGGGGGUCCUGGCAUGCCCGAAAUGUUGACUCCAACCAGUGCGGUAAUGGGUGCGGGAUUGGGCAAAGAUGUUGCCCUUUUGACGGACGGACGAUUCUCUGGUGGAAGCCACGGCUUCAUCAUUGGCCACAUCACCCCUGAAGCUCAGGUCGGAGGUCCCAUUGCUCACAUUCGCGACGGAGAUAUCAUCUCCAUCGACGCAAACUCUAAAUCCAUUUCCGUAAACGUUUCUGAAGCCGAGUUUGAAAACCGGCGGAAGUCAUGGUCGGCACCACCCUACAAGGCCACCAAGGGGACCCUGUAUAAGUUCAUUAAGAACGUAAAUAAUGCAUCAAUGGGAUGUACAACUGAUGAAUGAUCAGAUUUGUCAUCAUACAUGAAUGUCAUUUAAAUUGUUGUCCAGUGAAUAGAACUUGUCGAAAGAUGGCCCUCUGUACGACUCAAAGCUUUCCAAUAUGCCAGAAAAUGCUGACCAAGUAGUAGCUAGCUGUAUGGUAUACAAGAUAAAUAUAUACAUUGCAGGGAACCCAUUCUCAUGAAUCCGCGA